UGGCAAUACGAAGGCAAAUACAAGAUGCUCUUAGUCUUGAGAAAAUAGUAACUGCUGUUGUUGAGUAACAAUUAUUUUUAUUUUAUUUUAAUUUUUUUUUUUUUUUCCUCUGACUAAGAAGAAGGUAAAGAUCGAAAGUAGAAUUCUUUGACUUGUCUGUCAGCAACAGGCGUGGCUUUGAAAAUGAUUCCUUUUCAUAAAAUAACGAUGAGAGCGAGUUAAAAUUAACAUCUCUUCCUCCUAAAAUGCGUCUCUCAAAGGCGAGCCUUGUCAAAAUUCUCUGUUUCCUCUUUGUGAUCUCAUCAACCAAAGCAGGCAGUAUCGAUAUCAUAAACAGAUGUCCCUUCGUUGUCUGGGCAGCAGCCUAUCCCGGCGGUGGCAUGCGGCUUAGCCCAGGCGAAUCAUGGCCGCUUCGAGUCGAUGGCGACAAACCCGGUCGCAUCUGGGCUCGAACCAACUGCGUAUUCAACGAAUCGGGUCAUGGCAAAUGCGAAACCGGUGACUGUGGGGGUGUCCUCCAUUGCCAAAAUGGUGGUAAAUCGCCUGCCACACUUGCUGAAUAUCGAUUAGGCGAAGCAAAUAAAUCCGGACCGGCCUUCUACGAUAUAUCACUGGUCGACGGCUUCAAUGUUCCUAUGGAAUUCAGUCCCACCUCACCACAGUGUACCCGCAGCCUCACAUGCGCAGCAAAUAUCAACGAUGACUGCCCAACCGAGUGGAAGGUACCCGGAGGGUGUAUUAAUCCUUGCGUCCAGGGCGGCUGUGGAAGACCUGCAAAUUACACCAGAUUUUUCAAGGAUCGCUGCCCAGAUGCUUACAGUUUCGGUUUAGACGAUCGGUCCUCCACGUUUACGUGUCCCGGUGGGACCGACUAUAAAGUUGUCUUCUGCCCAAAUGACAUUUUACAAGCACGAAUACAUAUCCACAACAACUGCUCCUACACUGUGUGGGCUGCAGCAAAUCCUGAAGGCGGAAGGCAGCUCAACCAAGGUGAUACAUGGACUCUCAACGUCAUAUCUCAAAAGAAAGGUCGCAUUUGGGGCCGAACCGACUGCAAAUUUGAUGGCAACGGGCAGAACGGAACUUGCGAAAGUGGCGAUUGCGAUGGCCUCCUCCAAUGCCAAGCCGAUGGUCGAGCUCCCUACACCUUCGCCGAAUAUACAUUUCGACGAAACAGCACGGAUUCAUAUUCUAUCUGGCUGGUGAAUGGGUUUAACAUUCCUAUGGAAUUUAGGCCCACGUCGGAUGGUUGCCGGAGUAUCCAAUGCACAGCCGAUAUCAAUGGGCCGUGCCCCAUGGAGCUGAGAGAUCCAGGAGGCUGUAACAGCCCUUGCACCGUAUUUAGGAACGAUCAAUUUUGUUGCAAGCAGGAAAUCUGUGAGCCAACAAGUUACUCCAAGUUCUUCAAGGAUCUCUGCCCCGACGCUUAUAGCUAUCAAUAUGAUGAUUCUACAAGCUUAUUUUCUUGCCCAAAUGGGAAUGACUAUGAUAUUACUUUCUGUCCCUAGAACCAUAUGCGCUGCAGUUUGUCCCUGAUUUGCUAAUUAAGAUCAGCGAUUGAUUGAGCUGUUUUAUUAUCCGCGUAAAAUUUGUUCGUUCGUUGUCAAGUUUUAAACACAAUAUUUGAUAAUUUAAAAAAAAAAAUCACAAUGCUUGAAUGUGAUAAUAUAUAUAUA